CCUUCGCUCCGGCCGCGUCCCGCCCGCGCGCCCCGCGGAGAUGCGGGCGCUGCUGGCGCUCUGCGUCCUCCUGGGCUGGCCGCGCGGGGGCCCGGCGGGCGCCCAGCCGUCCGGGGAGUACUGCCACGGCUGGGAGGACGUGCAGGGCCGCCACCACGCGGGCUUCCAGUGCCCGGAGGACUUCGACACGCCGGACGCCACCAUCUGCUGCGGCUCCUGCGCGCUCCGCUACUGCUGCGCCGCGGCCGGGGCCAGGCUGGAGCAGGGCGGCUGCGCCGACGAGCGCGGCGCGCGGGAGCACCCGGGCGUCACGGCGCAGCCUGUCUAUGUCCCCUUCCUGAUCGUGGGCUCCAUCUUCAUCGCCUUCAUCAUCCUGGGCUCCGUCGUGGCGAUUUAUUGCUGCACCUGCCUGAGACCCAAGGAGCCGUCGCAGCAGCCGAUCCGCUUCUCGCUGCGCAGCUACCAGACGGAGACCCUGCCCAUGAUCCUGACCUCCACCAGCCCCAGGGCCCCCUCCCGCCAGUCCAGCACUGCCACCAGCUCCAGCUCCACCGGUGGCUCCAUCUGCAGGUUCUCCUUUGCCAGGGCCGAGCCCGGCUGCCUGGCACCCUCGCCACCCCCACCUUACAGCACGGGCCACCCAGUCCACCUGGCCCAGCCGUCCGGGUUCCUGGUGUCACCCCCGUAUUUUGCUUACCCCCUCCAGCAGGAGCCCCCGCUGCCGGGGAAGAGCUGCCCAGACUUCAGCUCCAGCUGACAAGCGGUGGCCACGAAGCCACCGUAGAGUGAGAUGGCAGAAGGGGGGAGCCCUGUCCCAUUGCCACGUGCAGCCCUGAGACAUUCCCCUUGGCACUCGUCAGUGUCACAGGGUAAGGAACUGUGCUAGGAAAACAUGGUGCCUUCUCAUCGUAAGGUUCCUGGCUCCACUCACAGAACGCCUGAGUAAGAGAAUGGCUUUUUUGGUUUUGUAAACAUAGUGACUAUUGCAUUUCAAUUUAUGCUACUUGUAUUCAAAAUAUGCAGCAGUUUGACUUUAAAGUUGCAAAUUGGCUGAAAAUGUUUUACUGGACAAUUCAGCUGUACUGUUUAGAAAAGGGGCUGUGUGUUCAUUUUUCAUAUAAGUUGUUUAUUGAGUAUGAUAGAAACAUAUACAUAACUAAGCAAAGAAAAAUACCUAAUUGUAAUUAUCAGAGGUUCACUUAAAAAUUAACUAUUAAGUAAAUUUGAGGGGGUACAGAACCACCUAUUUAUGAUUUUGGGAGUAACCUAACCCUGAGUAAUAUUAGCAUAAUGAGAACAUUUACCUUUUAAAUUAAUAACUAAAUUUUGUUUAAAAUAUAAGAGUUUUCUUUUUUAAAAUACAAGGUUUCAAUAACCACAUGAGGAGUUUAAACCUAUACUCUAUUCAUUGUAACCAAGAGUCUUUGUAAAAUCAUUUCCCCCACUGACCUGAGGGAAUAUUUAUUGCAGACUUUUUUGUUCAGCAGCAUUUAGUGUUUGGAUGCAAGUUGGAUAGUUGGGUCUCAAAACAUUAAUUUGUAAAAUGAGUGAUGUACAAAUGUAAAGAUUUGUAACUUAAUGUAUUUACCACAUUGACUGUACUAAUUAUUAGUAGUCACACUGUAAUUUUUAUGUUAAUAAUAACUGUGGAGUUCAAAGUCCAGCUAUGGGCUUAAUUGUCUAAUAUUACAUAUCUCCAGUGCCCCAGAAUUCCAUGUCCGAUGACUACAGGUGUGGGCAUCUAUUCUGCUGGGUUAGAAGAAAUAAAAUACUUUAUGUUUUCAUAAACUCUA